AAAGUAGUAUCUCUGUGCCUUAACCUCUUUCUGCAGGGACAAAAUAAUCAGUAAAUUUAGAUUGAAUCAUAAUGGUUUCUUCAUUAAUUUCUCGAUUGACAAAUUCUAUUCACAAACUUGAGCAAACUCUUCAUUGCUUUUUGGGAUUGAAUCGAAAAUUUCCCCCUGAUGCAUUCAACUUGGCUGUUGUAGGAAUCGAGAGAGCUGCACCUCGAAAACAAUUUUCUUUGAAAGAUAUUAUAGGAGAUGGAUUUUUAUGGGCUGUUCCUAAACAUAGGAGAACUAUUGAAAAGAGACUCAAAAGAAAAUUUGGCAAUCCUUUCUAUCACUUGAAAAUUUUAGUGCCAAAAACCAAUAUACGAGUUUGUAACACAUGCGGAGAUCACCAUGAAAUAGGAAUUCUAUGCCCGACAUGCUACAACAGAAUAAUGAAAGAAACCAAAGAAAUGCGUAAAGCAAUCAAGGAAAAGCUUGGAUUGCAGCCUGUUGAAAAAGAAGUCGUAGUAUUGUACGAGAAUGAAAAAAGCACACUGGAAGGGGAAUUUGAAGGCCAGCCAAUCGUUGAAAUGAAAAAGCCUAGGCCUCCAUGGUUCAGCAAGAAUCUUUUGCAACAAACUACUCAGCAACCAGCCACUACAAAAGAUGUUGAACCAUCUGGUUUGAGCUAAAUAAAUGUUGGUGAAAAUGUCGCUGUAUUCUGUAAUGCAAAUAUAUAAUCAAGCUAG